CCCAUUUUGAUAGUACGUGCUACAGUUGAAAGCGUGAUGGGUUUCCAGAAAUUUGGGUCUCGAGGUGGUGGUGGACAUGGCGGCUUUCGAGGUGGUAGAGGCGGUGGUCGCUUCGACAAUUCAAACUCUGGUCCUCCAGAGGAAGUUAUUGAGGCUGGCGUUUUCGCUCAUCCAUGCCAGGAAGAUAUUGUGUGCAAAAUAACCUCUCAAAAAAUCCCUUAUUCUAAUGCACCAGUAUACCUCGAGAAUAAAGAAGAAGUUGGAAGGGUUGACGAAAUUUUCGGCCCUAUAAAAGAUGCGUAUUUUUCAAUCAAGUUAGCUGACACAUUGAAGAGUAAAUCAUUCAAGGAAGGAGUUAAAUUUUAUAUGGAUCCUGCAAAGUUCCUAACUCUUGAUCGUGUCCUUAAUCCGAAUUCUGGUAGAGGGCGUGGAGGUGGGCGAGGUCGUGGAGGUCAAAGAGGUGAUUUUAGGGGCGGCCGAGGAGGUAAUGAUUCAUCAAGGGGCCGUGGUAGGGGUGAAUUCAGAGGUGGUCGUGGUGAAUCUCGUGGAGGUCGUGGUUUUCCAGGACGUUGGAGUGAUAGGGGUGGUCGUGGCAAUCGUGGUGGUCCUCGAGGUGGAAGAGGAGAAUCUAAUGGUUAUCAUGGUGGUGGACGUCACUCAUUUGGAGAUAAACGCAGUGGAAGUUUCACUGCUUCAGAUACUCCUCAAAGCAAAAAAUUUAAGUCAGAAGAUUAGGUUGCUCUCUGUUUUUGUACAAUACAACUUUAUACUGUAUAAUAAAUCUUUUCAAAUGUUAUCUUCAUUCUCUAGUUGUAAUGUAGUUGCCACUAUUUCUCUUGGUUACACGCGUUGUUAUUUAUGCUUGUCGGUGCAACUCUGAAUCGGUUUCUUUUCGGAACCCUUUCCAGCCCUUGAGCUAUUAACUUGACGCAUUUCGCACACUAUAAUGCGAUAUACUGGCUGGAGCAAAUAAUUGUGAAAGUCCACUUGUGUGAGAGAUGUAGUGUUUAUAGGGUGUACGUUACUUGACAGUCGCAGUAUCAAGUAUCCGACACCAAACUAUGUUUAGGAAGUUGCCGAAGGACAGAGCUGUAAUCUCCGUUGUUUUCCGUUCUUAUUUAAUUCCAUUAUAGAUUUAAUGGUCUGUUUGAUCUUGAUCUUCUUUGGUAUCACAGUGAUCGACUUGUUUUCAGGGAAAAACCUUGUUCCAGAGUAUGCAGUCCACUAUGUUCAAGAUGCUUAGUAAUAUGAUUGUCUUUUCCAAAUGUGUCCCCUGAAGAUAGGAAAUUUAAAAUAUAUGAGGCAGUCACCAUAAUGGUUCACGUUCAAUAUGGCACAAAAUAAUAAGGUUAGCCGUCAAGUGGUAGAUAGGAAGUGUAAAUCCACCAACCAGGUUGUGAAACUUCAUCGAUUGAAAUGACUAGAAAGUGUUACAUAUGAUGGGUGACCACUGUCCUUGACAAGGAG